CCGCUUGUUUGGUAACUAGAACACUGGGGGGAACGGGGCUGGGGUGAAAAACGAGCAUAAUUUCUAUUCCUCGGCUUAGUAGACCAACGGCCUGUUCACUAUCCCUCAUUCUCUCUCCCCUCUCCUCUGUGAUCAGAGGUCCAACCCAGAGCUACAAUGGCGACCAGAUACUGGGUAGUCUCUCUUCCCGUUCAAAAUUCGGCAUCAGCUCUCUGGACUCGAUUGCAGGAACAAAUCUCCAAGCAUUCCUUCGAUACUCCUCUUUAUAGAUUCAAUAUACCUAAUCUCCGGGUUGGAACCCUAGAUUCUCUUCUUUCUCUUAGCGAUGAUCUUGUGAAGGCAAACAGUUUCAUGGAAGGAGUGUCACACAAGAUCAGGCGACAGAUUGAGGAAUUGGAGAAAGUUUCUGGCGUUGUGAGCAGCGGGCUGACGGUUGAUGGGGUACCAGUCGAUUCAUACUUGACCAGGUUUGUUUGGGAUGAAGCUAAGUACCCGACUAUGUCGCCUUUGAAGGAGAUUGUGGAAGGUAUUCACGGUCAAGUGGCAAAAAUUGAGGAUGAUCUGAAGGUUCGUGUUGCUGAGUAUAACAAUAUCCGCAGUCAACUAAAUGCUAUCAACCGAAAGCAAAGUGGAAGCUUAGCUGUUCGUGAUCUUUCCAACCUGGUAAAACCCGAGGAUAUUAUAACAUCAGAGCAUUUAACUACCCUACUUGCAAUUGUUCCUAAGUAUUCUCAAAAGGACUGGCUCUCAAGCUAUGAAACAUUGACAAGCUAUGUGGUACCCAGGUCUUCCAAGUUGUUGUAUGAGGAUAAUGAGUAUGCUCUUUAUACUGUAACACUCUUCACACGUGUUGCAGACAAUUUUAGGACUAGUGCACGUGAAAAGGGGUUUCAAAUUCGUGAUUUUGAGUACAGCCAAGAAACACAUGAUAGCCGGAAGCAGGAGCUAGAGAAGUUGGUGCAAGAUCAGGAAAGCACGAGAGGAAUUCUUUUGCAAUGGUGUUAUACAAGUUAUGGAGAGGUUUUCAGCUCUUGGAUGCACUUUUGCGCUAUACGUGUAUUUACCGAGAGCAUUUUGAGAUAUGGUCUGCCACCUUCUUUCCUGGCAGCCGUCUUAGCCCCGUCUGCAAAAAGUGAGAAGAAAGUACGUUCUAUACUUGAAGGCUUGUGUGACAGUGCAAACAGUGCAUACUGGAAGAUCGAGGAUGAAGCAGGGGGUGGUAUGACCGGUCUUGCAGGGGAUUCUGAUGGCCAUCCGUACGUAUCCUUCACUAUCAAUCUCGUAUGAGCGCUCAAAAAAUAAGGGCCUAUCUCAUGUUUCAUAGUCCAUAAAGUAUUUUUCUUUGAACAACAAUAAUGCCGGAGGGCGAUCUAAGAUAUAGUACAUUUGGUUCAAAUUCCAUUAAUUGUUUGGAGCACUAAGACUUAAAAGAAGGGACUGGUGAAUUUUAGUGCAGAGUUUGGGGACCAGGGUGAUCAUUUGCAAUUUGUAUUUUUAAGUUAUUUCACCAGCCUUUCUCGUCUGCGAUAUGAAAUUUGGGUAGUUUUAGACGUUUGGUAUGCCCCUUUAAAUUAUUGUAUGUUUUGUUAA